AUGUGGUUCCUUGAAUUUGCUUUUCUAACCCUAUCCCUUGUGUUUACACCUGGCGUGGGCGUUCAUGUUAGCAUCGACAGAGGCGGAUCGCCCCCAGAUAGUAGCAAGAUUGAUAGAAUCAUCGCGGCGUUGACACCAGAAGAGAAGAUCUCUCUUCUGCAUGGAGCUAAUUAUGCCGGAAGUGAGAAUUAUGCUGGAUAUCUGACUGGGGUGCCUCGACUGGGGAUUCCUCCCCUCCAGUUGGCUGAUGGAGAGGCCGGAAUAAAUGGUGUUCAGGAUGCCACUGCUAUUCCGAGCCAGAUCAAUGUUGCUGCGACUUGGUCCAGGUUAAUGGCAAAAACCGCAGGCCAUGUCACUGGCUUGGAGGCCCGAUUACUCAAAGCCGGUAUUUCUCUUGCACCUCGCGUAAAUCUACUUCGUGACCCCUUUGAUGGAAGCUCCUGGCAAUCUUAUUCGGAAGAUGCCUACUUGAAUGCCCAGCUUGGAGCUGAGGCUGUUCGUGGCAUCCAGGCGGAGGGAACAAUGGCAAAUACCAAGCAGAUAGGCCCAUCUAGCAGUGGUGCCAGUGGUGGUGACACAAAUUCGCAAGUGGAUCUACAGUAUCAAGAGCUCAUGAACCUCACUGUACGUGGCGACUUUGGGUUCAAAGGCAUUGUUAUGAGUGAUUGGGGUGCCACGCAUUCAACGGCUCCAAGUAUCGAAGCUGGAUUGAAUUGGGAGAUGGGAUCUGCCGCCUAUUAUACUACACCUCUGUACGACGAUGUAUAUCUCUAUCACAAUCUGUCGGAGAUCUACGUUGAUCGUUCUCUACGCCAAAUAUUCUCCACCUACGAUCGAUUUGGGUUAAUCGGCCAAAAUCGCACUGCACUCGACAUGGUGCCGAAUCCCUUACCACAGUCGGUGAUUGAGCAGUCCGCUGCGAUUUCGUUUGACAUUGCUAGCCGAUCUGGAGUUCUCUUGAAGAAUGAUGAUGAAGUACUCCCUCUUUCAAAAGAUAUUUCCAAGCUUGCUGUCAUUGGCCCAGCUGCUUUCCAGUACAACCAUGGCGCAGGAUUUGCCGAGCGAGCAUAUGGUAUCCCCUCUCGGCUCAAGAGCCCCUUAGAGGCAAUCCAGCAGAUCACUGGCAAUGACCACAUUCUUACAUCAAAUGGCGUUGAUGUUCAUGGAAGCAUAAUUCCAGCAGAUUGUCUGGUACAAGACAAUGGACAGCAUGGUUUACUUCGAACAGACUCGGCUGGGAAAACUUCAGUCGAUUCUCAGAUAAACUUCUCUGGAGAAUCAGCUUUGCUGGGAAACUCUUCGUAUCACUGGGCUGGGUUUUUUAAAGCAAAUGAGACCGGCUAUUACCGCAUUUCUCUGCAUCGACGCUUCCCUCACGUCGGUGGGGGACUGAACAAUUCGGAUUAUCUGGGCGUUUUCUACGUUCAUUCAUUUACUGUCAAUGGAACCGAGUUUGACGGGUUUCGGCUACUGGGGGAUGGUGGAGCUCGACCCUGGAGCUCACCUCUUGCCGCUCCAGACGGAUGGGAUGAAGUUGGGACAGACGUCUAUCUUACGGCUGGCCUCCACAAUAUCACUGUCAGUGUCACCAAAGUAUUUGGGGACCCGGUAGAGGUGCGCCUGAAUUGGGUUACGCCAACCCAGCGAGAGCAAAAUAUGCGUGAUGCAGAGAGGAUUGUAUCCAGCGUUGAGGUGCCAGUUGUUUUUGCACAUGCCAACAGCCCCGCAGACGUGGGAAUGCAGCUUAUACAUGGGUUCGACGAGCUCAUAACGCGAAUUGCAGCGAUAAACCCCAGGACGGUCGUGGUUCUCAACAAUGCUGACCCUGUCCUAAUGCCGUGGCUGGACCAAGUCUCAUCGGUUCUGUGGAUGGGAAAUCCCGGCCAAGAAGGCGGCCGUGCUACUGCUUCACUCCUCUUCGGUGACCGUAAUCCUCAAGGCAGACUGACGAUCACGUAUCCAAAAUCUGUCAAUGACACUGUCACGAGAAAUCCAAAGUAUCCGGAGCGCAUGGCUACUAAGAAUGGGACUGCGAUAUUUUCGGAAGGUAUUAACUCCGCUUACCGAUGGUACCUGGCCACGAACACUAGCGUUCUUUUCCCCUUUGGCUAUGGGCUAUCAUACACCUCUUUCAAAUACAGCAAACUAGUCAUCAAAAAGAAGUCUGGAUCCACUUUCCAGGUCUCUGUUGACAUCAAAAACACUGGCUCUCGACCUGGUGUGGAGGUGCCCCAGAUCUAUAUUGGUCCACCAGAAGAUGCCGGGUCCAAAUUUCCUGGUUAUCAAUUUGCCAUCUCUACUCUGGUUGGAUUUGAUGAUGUGUAUAUCAUGCCUGGUACCACAAAGACAGCUAGUUUCAUCAUCUCAGAGCGCCAGCUCAGCUUCUGGCGUCAAAGCGAUAGGACCUGGGUACUUGCUCACGGUCAGCGCUCGGUAUGGGUGGGAACUGAUGCUGAGAAGAAAGUCUUCGUGAGCUAUAUUGAGGUCUAG